UGUGCAGUUGCUCCCAUAUUGCUUAGCGGAGCUCCAGCACAGAGUAAUCCAGCUGUCAGUGCGAGUGAGUGAGGCAAGAGAACGAAGAGUGUGUCGGCAGUGUGCACUCCCGGUGGGUCCCACAAGGCCGGAGCUGGACUAAAAUAUACACGAGCAGCAUUUGGAAAGAACUGCGGAAACAUAUGCACUCAUCUUCAAGAACAACUGUGAUGGAAAAGUCGGACGAGAUUUAAAAAAAAAAAAAACAAACAAACAAACAAAAAAACACUUGAGAGCAAUGCGCUGGCAGCAUGGCCAAAUGGUUCAAGGAGCACCUAGGAUUCAAAAGCACCAAAGCGCCCCCUCCUGCUCCCCCGAAACCGGACUACCGACAUUGCCACCCGGCAGCGCCCGGCACGCCCGCAUCCAACCAACAACAGCUCAGCGUUGGAGCGACUGCCCUGUACCUGAGUGCCGCGCAGCCAGAUAUUCUCGCCGCCUACAAGCUUCAGAAGGAGCGGGACUUCGAGGACCCUUAUACAGGCAGCGGCUCGUUUCCUGGACGCUCGGGUUCCUCCGGAUCAGCAGAUAUCAAAUAUGUUUCACCUAAGCACCGGCUUAUCAAGGUGGAAUCAAUCGAGAAAUGCAACCCAAACCCAGCCGGUGCAAUCAGCUCAGCCCCCGCCGCUUCCGCUGGGAACGUGAAAUCGCCCACUUCACCUCCCGCAGAACAGGAACACAAACACGAAAAGCCUGUUAUCCUAGAGGACUAUGCCGACCCCUUUGAUGCCAAACAGACCAGCGUGACCCAGGUGGCUCCAGAGAAGGUGACGGAAAAUGAUGGCUACAUGGAGCCUUAUGAGGCCCAGAAAAUGAUGGCUGAAAUACGUGGGGUGCGAGGUGUGAAGGAAGGACUAACAAAGCCACUGCACCUCUACGACACCCCCUAUGAGCCAGUGGAGAAUGGGAGCGACUCGGAUCCAGAGCGAGGAGGGAGCCGCCCCCCCAGGGAGAGCCGUCUGCCCCAGGAUGAUGAGCGGCCCCCUGAAGAGUACGACCAGCCCUGGGAGUGGAAGAAGGACCGCAUUUCCAAGGCAUUUGCAGUAGAGAUUAAAGUGAUCAAGGAUCUGCCCUGGCCCCCUCCAGUGGGCCAGCUCAAUAGCAGUCCCCCCACAGAGGAGGGAGGGGAAGCCCCCUCACUGCCAGAGGCCCCCCCAGUACCCUCUUGCCAGACUACUUCCGAAGAACAUAACGUCCAGUUCGAUGGUUCUGAGAAAUCACGUGUGUCGCCCACCAAGGAGGGCAAGGCACGCCCCCCCCAGCGCCACUCAAGUGGGAGCUUGUCAGGCGUGAAGCUUGGCUCCCUAGAACACAGCGCCUCCCUGGGGGAGAGGAUUGAUCCUACCCUACCCCUCGAAAACCAGUUCUGGUACCACGGCACCAUCAGCAGGACGGACGCAGAGAACCUCUUGCGCCUGUGCAAAGAGGCCAGCUACCUGGUGAGGAACAGUGAGACCAGCAAGAACGACUACUCGCUUUCACUUAAGAGUAGCCAGGGCUUCAUGCAUAUGAAACUUUCCCGUACCAAAGAGAACAAGUACAUCCUGGGCCAGAACAGCUCCCCCUUCAACAGCGUGCCAGAGGUCAUCCACUUCUACACCAGCCGCAAGUUGCCCAUCAAAGGGGCAGAGCACAUGUCUCUGCUCUACCCUGUUGCCAUCAGGACGCUAUAGUGUAACCACUGGGAGCAGCACUGGACAGAGAGAAAAUCUGCCACCAGUGCCUCCUCCCAAAAUCACAAAGGUCAUCUCAUCUAGAUCUGCAGAGUGGGUGCGAAUGUGUACGUGUAAAUGUGUGCAUAAAUUAUUAAUAGAAUUAAGUGCUUGGCUAUUGGAAUUCUGGUUGUUUUUUUAAAAUCCAGUGAGUUGAUAGUAGAACUUGGGGAUGGCUUCUGUUUCAGUCCCAUCAUUGCAUGUAAUCCUCUUGAAUCACCAGUAGGAGCUGCUGUGCAUUCUGUGGUCCGAUGACCUUUCUAUUUUUUAUAUAUUAAUGAGACCACCUUUGUUUAACACUGUCCUUCUUUGGUAUCAAGUCUUUCUAAACGAGUCUCUGCAAGGUCUAAAAAGAAGCCCCCAAAGACUUAUGUCACUGCAGGUACUAUUCCCCAUCUGCGCAGUGACCAAAGAAGAUCCCAGAAUAGCCUGUGCCGCAAUAAAAGCCUUCCUUGGGCUAAUGGUCGGACUGUGCUUUGUGUACUCACCCCUGUAGAGCACCAAAAAACUUGGAACUCGUGGAACUCAAAUCUAUUUGAUUUCAAGAUCAAAGCUGAUCGAUUUAGUUUAGUCAUUUUAGACAGUUACAUACACUGUAGACCUCCCAAUAAGCUCUGCUUAUAUGUGUGUCCAGUCAAUAGGUAAUGAAAUGGGGCAUAGUUUUGCUUUGCUUUGGGGCCACAUUUAUAUCACAGUUUACAUUUCUGAGGAUGGAUUUCCAAGGGUUUGGCUUGUGUGUAGACUGUUUGUUUUUAUCUUUCCAUUUGGGGGGCUGCUACACUUUGUAUGAAUUUCUUUCCUAAAUGACAUUGUGGCUGUGGUAUAAUUUUAAAAAGCCAGUGGUCAGACACACAGUGUUGCUGUGGUACUGUUCUGUACGUACGAAUAGAUAACCACCCUCUGGUACUGUAAACUGUAAUUGGGGACAACCCAUGGUUCUGAAGAUACAACUUGUUAUGCACACAGUCUGUCCCCAAGAAUAAUAACUGACUUCUCGGUUUAACAAGUGGAAUACUAAGUAUUUCCAUCAGCUACACGUUUUGAAAACCUCAAUUGGGGCACUCAAAAACCAUUGACAUAGAUAGUUGAUUUACUUAUUGCGUAUAUAACUUGUGGAAACGUUUAUUUUUUUAAUGCAAUGGUGUGGGAUACAGUAUUACAGAACUAGUUUUUCUUCUGAGGUAUGGGUGUAUUUAAAGAAUUAAAGAACAAUGUGUUAUGUUUUGUUUUAUAAUAAAUUAAUUAUGUACAUAUAUUUCUUCCUGGCUUAUUGUAGUCUUGUAAUAAAACUAUGUUGGGUAGAUUAAAUUAAAACUUGCCAUAGAUAACCGCUAGGUAAGUUUAAAUAAAUUCAAUUAACAGUUCUGCCACUAGUCUUUUGGAACAGAUGGAGUUUAAUCAAUUGAAUUUAAUCAACCAUUUAAAUAUUAAAAAAUAGGUAAAAACCUAGAGUUUUACUUACUUUUAAAGACAAAAAUAAUCAGGUAAGACUCACAUUUACACUUUUUUUUACAAAGUCCCUUCUUUUAAAGGUAGUGUUGCAGAACACCCUGCAAAGUUUACAAGGAAAGCAUUAUUUUACCUUUCCUGUGUCCCGUGUUGUCCACAGUGUUAGAUUUUUAAGCAUGCUGAUUGAUAAUUCCACAUCAUGGGUAAAUCAAAUGGGCAAUACAUUUCUCAGCAGUUACUCGGGAGUGUUCACCAGGAGAAAAAAAUGUCUUCUGAGGAUCGACAACACAACUGCUGCUGCUGGACAGCACAGGAUACAGCAAAGGUAAAGUAAACAUUGCAGGAGGUUCUGUGCAGCUGCAAAAUGUCGAUCUACCACCAUUUAGAGUUAGAUAAAAUGAAUACAUCUCGGUGUCCCACAACAGACUUUCCUUGUGUUUGAAUGUUGAGCAGUAACCAGAAAACAAAUUGAUUUCAUCCAACUCUUUCAGAUGAAGAAUACCUUACUCAAUACCUGCAUGCGUUCAUUCUACAGAAAAGAGAGUGCGCUAACGUCCAGAAAACGCAGAAUUAUAAUUUCACUAUCGGAACAAAAAUGUGUGGUAAUAAAACUAAAUCCUAUUGGCAUCAAAAACAUUAUAAAAUCCUUAAAUGGGAAUAGUUGGCCGUCAUUCUUUGCACUUCCCGCUACACUUAUGGUUCUGAAUCUGUGUUUCUAUGAAUUAUAUUAAAUAACAGCAUUUUACAAAUUACUGCUACCAUAUUACAUAUUUUCCUGUGAAUUAAAAUCUACACAGAUACUUCAUAAAGGCAAUGGCAGCUGUGUACGGUCCCACAAUUUACACAUCAAUACCUUCCUUAAAGACAUUACCUGCUAGAUAACUGAUCUCUGCAUCACGCUCUGAAAGACAGGUAUAGGUAAUGCCAGUCGCUGCUGGUUUCAUGGAAUACCUUAUUAAAUAAUGCUCAUUUGUAUUUCAUCGCAGAGCUUGCAACUAAGCUGCUAUUCCAAUGAGCGUUUAAGCUUGGCUGGCAUCUAGCAGUGAGAAUAACCACUUCUUUAAGAACCUGAUUGACUGGGACUUUGAGGUCUAUAAUAGGCAGUUUAAGACUAUCAACAAAGGAGAUCAAAUAAGCCUCCAGGCAAGAACAUUUUGGCUCAUUAUCCAGUAUGUGGCCAUUGUUGAUCUAGCAUAGAUAAAUUACAGGUUAAAAAAAAGCCUAAAGCCUGAAACAUGGCAAUAGAUUAAUUUCUCCUAAAUCAACAUUGGUCUAGAAGUCAAGAAGUGUAAGAUCAGAUGUUGCACACACAGUCACAGAGCAAAUUAAGGCAGUUGACAGAUUCAUAGCAGAAGGGUUUUAGUUGUCAUAACUGCUAAAUGAGGCUGUUAAUACUGGCAUCCCAUCCCUCUGCAGCAAUCAAAGCCACUUUUCAUAUGAUUAAUACCCAGUAAAAAUAUCUGGGUUUAUAGAAAAUCCAAAUGCAAUCCGACUCUGCUAUGGGAUGACAAGCCUAGACUUUUAGGCAUAUUCAAAACAAUAUUAUUGUCUUAGAAUUUGUUGGGACGUGUUUAGGUUUAAUGUGUAAUCCUAACAAAUCAGCACGUGAAGAAAAGAAUGACUGGGAAAUGUGAGACAGGAGACUAGCGACAGUAAUGCCUUUGAGAACUGCAAUAAUAAUAAAUAGAAAUGGUUGUUUCGGGAUCAUGUAGUGCUAACAUCUGUAGGUCUGUGUGAGAGUCUGGGUGUCUAAAUGUGUGUGGGCACACUUGUGAUAAUUUGCCCUAUUCACAAGCUUCAAUCAGCUGGUUUCACAGAUUCUAAUGUGCACUGCUCUUGGACUAUCUAACGUUUUGUAAGGUAGGGUAAUCCAAGACUAGUGCAAAUCAGGGUUGCAAAAUUUACAAGAAGUGCAUAGCAUUACCUUUGCUGCAUCCCAUGUUGUCCAUAUCGCAGUGUUAUAUUUUUAAACAUAGUGCCAGCAGGGAAAAAAAAAAAAUCUAAGGAUCUCAGCGUAUCCAGAUCACACUUCCUCCUGCAACAAGGCUGGUUUUCUGUUCCCACAUUAGCCACUCAUUUCAAUCAAAGCACCAAGUGUUGGAGUGAUGGUGUACUGAAAACAGCACGUGGUACGGUAAGGGUUUGCUUCUAAGCACUGCAGAGGGUUCUGUAACACUUGACCUAUUUAAAGAAGGGUUCUUUUAAUGGCUGAUAAAUCAAAUAGUUUGUUUUUCAUAAAGACUGUCGAUCAUGAUGUCAGGAACUAAUACAUUUUCCAUGAACCAAAGGCUGCAGACAUGUGUGCCAUUUCCUGCGUACAAGUGAGUGUAUGCAAUAAAAAACAUUGCCUGUGUUGCUUCUACUAUUACAAUUUAUAGGUUGUCUUCUAUGGAAUCUGUGUCAGUUUAAUACACAGAUAAAAGCCUUUGCAGAUCGCUUGUGCUUGUACAAAGAAGAUUAAUUUUCAUGAUCAAUGUAGACAGCUGGUCUGUAAUACAGACUAUAUGCAGUGGUUUAAACAUUUAGAAUCGGCUAAAUUUUGUAGUGGACUAAUUUAAGGCACUUUUAAUUACUGCCCACUCCCUGCACAUGUAGUAUGUAUUACACUGGUCAGAAUCCCUACAAAUUAUCCAAUUUGAAAUUCUGCAGAGCAUGCCAAUGAAAUUGGACAGCGACCAACACACUUUAUGUUGAUAUCCAUGAACUUGCAGUUACCAGUUGAGCAUAAGACGCAUUAUUGUGCGAUUAUUUGUAUGCGUGUGUUCUUGCAUAUUAGUGUCUUAGGCAUAUGUAUAAUAUGCUCUACAUAUCGACAGUCCUGUUCACUAAAUGUAUAUACUGAAUGUUUUGUCCAGGACAUUGAAUAUAAAAUGCACUGAUUAUUGUAUGGAAAUAAAUUUGGAAAUGAU